AUGUAUUUUCAGGUUAUUUCGGGUGCUUCUAAUGACAACGAUGUGCAAGCGCUUUUCUGGGACGCGAAGGAUCGUGAAAUUGAUAUGGUGACUGGUGUUACAAAUUUCUUCGAGCACGAAUCCGUGGAUGAUGGUGCCGUUCGGAUUUGCUUCAGGAAUUUGCAGAGUUUCAAGAAUCUCUGGGUGUACUUUGAGGUAAACGUUGACCGUGCUGACGACGACGAUGACGAUUUCGACGAUAUGGGUGCCGCCAACAAAGAGGCUCAAAAAGCCGUGAUUGUAAAGUACGAUCAGAUGAAAAAGAAGGCUCUCAGCAUUCACCAGAAACUAACCU